AUGGACAACCCGGCCUUCAAUGCCGACGAUGGAGCCUCUCCUCGGAGCAGGCAGGGAAGUAAGGACAGUGGAGGUAAAGAUGGUCUCCAACCGUCUGACGCCGACUCCGGCCACGAGACGCGCAUCCCGCGCACGGUGGGUGCCUUCUCAGGCACGGCCAUCAUCGUGGGCACCAUGAUCGGCUCCGGCAUCUUCGUGUCGCCCAAGGGCGUGCUGGAGCGGACGGGCUCGGUGGCCCUGUCACUGCUCGUCUGGCUCGGCUGCGGAGUUCUCAGCACACUGGGCGCGCUCUGCUAUAUCGAGCUGGGCCUCGUCAUUCCAGAGUCGGGCGGCGAGUUCUCAUACUUGUUUCGUGGCUUUGGGCCGCUGCAUCGCUUCUUCGGACCGCUGCCGGCUUUCCUAGCCUCUUGGAUCAUUAAUCUUAUCACUAUGCCGGCAUCGACGGCCAUUCUGAGCCUGGCGUUUGCCGAGUACUGCGUGCAGCCGUUCUUCAGUGUCGAGUGUCCGCCGCCGCCAGCCGUCAUCCCUCUGGUGGCCGCCGCAGCCUGCUGGCUCAUCACCAUCGCGCACUGCUACAGCGUGCGCAUGGGCACUGGAAUGCAGAACCUCUUCACCGUCUCCAAGCUGAGCGCCGUGGCGCUGGUGGUUGCCGGCGGCGUGUACUCGCUCUACCAGGGCAACACCCGACACCUGGCCACCGGCUUCCAGGGCAGCACGAGCUCGGCCAGCGACGUGGCCACCGCCUUCUACAGCGGCCUCUGGGCCUACGACGGCUGGAACAACCUCAACUACCUCACCGAGGAGGUGGUCAACCCGGCGCGCAACCUGACGCUGGCCAUCGUGGUGGCGCUGCCGCUGGUCACCAUCUGCUACCUGCUCAUCAACGUGGCCUACCUGAGCGUGCUCUCGCCGCGCGAGCUGCUCGCCUCGCCGGCCGUGGCCGUCACGUUCGCCGACCGCGUGCUAGGACCGGUGGCGUUCCUCAUCCCGGUCGGUGUGGCGCUCUCGGUGGCCGGCGCGCUCAACGGCACCAUCCUCAGCACCAGCCGCAUCUGCUUCGCCUCGGCGCGGCAGGGCCACAUGGUGGACAUCCUCAGCUUCAUCCACGCGCGCCACCUGACGCCGGCGCCCGCGCUGCUCUUCAACGCCGUGCUCGCUUCGGGGAUGAUCGCUGCCGGCAACAUCGACAACCUGAUUGACUUCUUCAGCUUCAGCGCGUGGACCAUCUACGGGCUGGUGAUGCUGGCUCUGCUGAUCCUGCGCCGCACGCAGCCGGAGCUGCCGCGGCCGUACCGCGUCCCCCUCUGGAUCCCGGUGGUGGUGCUGCUGGUCUCCGUGUACCUGGUGGUCGGCCCGAUCGCCGACGCGCCCAAGCUCGAGUACGUGUACGUGCUGUUUUUCCUCCUGUUCGGGGUGGUCGUGUACACACCGUGCGUCUUCUACGGCCACUCGGCGCCCGGCAUGCACCGCCUCACAGAGCUCUGUCAGAAGGCGCUCGAGGUCGUGCCCACCGACUAUGGAGCUAUAAAGGGGCCAUGCUGA